GGCCUGUGUGGCUAUGACCGUGAUGGCUGCCCCGUGUGGUAUGAUAUCAUUGGGCCACUUGAUCCCAAGGGGCUGCUCUUCUCAGUCACCAAGCAGGACCUGCUCAAGACCAAGAUGAGGGACUGUGAGCGCAUCCUGCAUGAGUGUGACCUGCAGACAGAGAGGCUGGGGAAGAAGAUUGAGACCAUCGUGAUGAUAUUUGACUGUGAGGGCCUGGGACUGAAACACUUCUGGAAACCUCUGGUAGAAGUGUACCAGGAGUUCUUUGGCCUCCUUGAAGAGAAUUACCCAGAGACCCUGAAGUUCAUGCUCAUUGUGAAAGCUACCAAACUGUUCCCUGUGGGCUACAACCUCAUGAAGCCAUUCCUUAGUGAGGACACUCGCAGGAAAAUUAUUGUGUUGGGAAAUAACUGGAAGGAAGGUUUGCUGAAACUCAUCAGUCCUGAGGAACUGCCUGCCCAGUUUGGGGGCACCCUGACUGACCCAGAUGGAAACCCCAAAUGUUUAACCAAGAUCAACUAUGGUGGGGAGAUCCCCAAGUCCAUGUACGUGCGGGACCAGGUAAAGACUCAGUACGAACACUCGGUGCAAAUCAACCGCGGCUCGUCACACCAAGUGGAAUACGAGAUCCUGUUUCCAGGCUGCGUCCUCAGGUGGCAGUUCUCAUCUGAUGGUGCGGACAUCGGCUUUGGAGUUUUCCUGAAGACCAAGAUAGGGGAGCGACAGCGGGCAGGGGAGAUGACAGAGGUUCUACCCAGCCAGCGCUACAAUGCCCACAUGGUGCCCGAGGAUGGGAGCCUCACCUGCUCAGAGGCUGGCGUCUAUGUCCUACGCUUCGACAACACCUAUAGCUUUGUGCACGCCAAGAAGGUCAGCUUCACGGUGGAGGUCCUGCUCCCUGACGAGGGCAUGCAGAAAUAUGAUAAGGAGCUCAACUCUGUCUAG